AUGAAGGACGUGAAGCUGCUCCUGGAGAAGCUGCGAAUCAGCCGAGAAAAGGAGUUAGAGAGGGAGGUGAAGAUUUUUCUCGAGUUAAAGAGACUGAGCGAUGGCACCCCCAAGGGGGAUGAACAGAACGCAGUGGCGACUGAAAGGGAUGCAAACGGGGUGACUAACCCAAACGGGGUGAACAACUCAAUCGGAGGGAACAACUCAAUCGGAGCGGACACCCCCGACAGCUACGUCAACUACCUCAACUAUGUGAAGAAAAAAAUCAACAACGUAAGAAGGAAGACCGUGUUUGAAAAGAGCUAUUACAGAAACGUCCUCAAUUGCUAUGACCACAGUGAGCAUUACAAGGAAGUGAUAAAAUACACUGCCCAUGAAUUGCAAGUGACACCCCAAUCUGAAUUGAAGAAAGCGAUCCUGCAGAGAGAAAACCUCCUGACCUUCUACUAUGCCUACUUGGUUAGGAAGCAUUGCGAACGUAACUUUCUCAAAUGUGUACAUAACGAUUUUAUCCGAUCUCUGACUUACACUUAUUUGGAGAAAAACCUUUUUUUUAAUUUUUUGUCUGCCAAUCUGUGUGUCCUAUCCAGAUGCAUAAAGUGUGUGGAGGUGCUCUCGGAGGAGACUUCAAAUGAGAACCUUACUCAUUUGCUCAAUCAGUGCAGAGAUGUCAUUCUAGGUGUGUACAGAGAGUUGGCUACCUUGCGAGGAAAGGACAAACAAAUUGAGACGGCGCAGCUGGUCGUCGAUCCUAAAGAAAGUGACGAUGUGUUUAGCAGCUUAGUGAAAUACUUCCCCUUUUUGAAUGAACCCUCUGGGAAGAGCAGCGAGGGAGGAGAAAAUCGGCACGACGCCCAUAUGAAGGAUCUAUACGGGGUAUAUGCCUUUAUUUAUGUUUUCUCGAAUGUCUUCUACGUCAGCUCGCUGGCGGUUAGUAGGGCCAAGGUGGGGCGACACCUUCCCGUCACUGGGAUGCCAAACUGCUAUGCAGACAACCAGUUGAGCGGCAAUGUGGACAAAAACACGGACAUCCACUUCAGCAACCAUCUGAGUGGCGACCUGCACCGCUUCGCCAUGUACCGAAUGUGCAUCGAACAGUAUGCAAAGGGAGAUUUCAUGGAGCUGAACGAAACAAUGUUAUACUUCUUAUCAAGGGAGAGGAUGGCACAGAAAGGGGACAGCCGGGACAGCAACCACACGUGGGGCGACAUCCUGCACGAUUUGAACGCACUGAGGAAUGCGACCGCGCUGCAGAGCCAGUUUUUCGCUGCUAUAGCUGCCAAACCGAUUAUCGGCGACUCCCCAGUUCACUCGAACGUGAACGAUGCAGCAAGCGACCCCCCCCUGCUGCCCUGCAUCAACCACUUCUUCUACAUCGGCAUAGACUUCGACAAGACGAUAAUAAAAAAGGACUCCUAUUCAGCGUUUUUUAAAAUUUUGGAGAAAAACUAUUAUAAGGAGAGUGUAAGGCCUGGAAAGGACACUCUCACAGAAGAGGAGAUAUUCUUUUUCGAUAACUUCUCCUUGGACAAGAUGCAGAACAAACCGGAACCUACAACACAGGAGAGGAUUGAAUGGUUACACAAGAUGGGUCAGUGGUUUGUCCUUAAAGAAGUCGCCAUAUUAGAGGAACUAAAAAGAGACAGAGAAAACAGAGAAGAAGUUUAUUCAGAAUCGUAUUACUACUAUCUGAACCAAGUAGACAAGAUACACAUAACAUAUUCUAUGCUGCUAUCCUAUUACGAUAUGUUCAAGGAUGUCGACGUGGAUGUCUUGAACGGCCUAAUCAGUGAGCAUUACGAACGGUUCCAGCUGAAUGACUACUUUCUGGAGGUGUUUCUCCAUCUGCUCAAUCAUAAAAUGGAAAAUAAGGACUCCUUCUAUUUUGACAUUAUCACACUAAAUUUGAAGAAGCAGAUUUGCCUCUAUACCAUAAGGAACAAUUUGUUGAAGGUUAAGGAAGGGGAAGGAAUAACUCUUCCCCUGUCGCCGCCAUCACCGUGGAGCAAAGAGGGGGCGCCCUUUCAGAACCGGGAGGGAGCCGCCUCUCAGGAGGACUACUACCACACCUUUAAGAAGUACUUCCAUGUGUACUACUCCAAGACGCACACGUACGACAAGGGACAGCGUAAAUACACAGGGUCGUUCGAUUACAACCGACUGAAAAUCAAGCAUGGUGAGUACCAGCCCAGGAGGGAUGGUAAUGACGAUGGGGGAAAAAACCCCAACGGUGUGAUCGAAAAGGUUUCACUUUGCUCCUUUUACGAUAAGACAUUAAUCAAAACGAGGGUGUGUUCGCUGCUUCGCCACAUUAACCACAAACUAUCCGCCUUCAUCGGAGACAGCCUCAUAGACCUUGACGCCAUGCUGCACUCGGACAUCGCCAUCUUGGUGGGGCACAACGAGCUGCUAAUCAGUUUCUGCGAGAAGCAUAACAUCGUUAUUAAGCCCCUCGUGUGCGCAGCGGCUAAGAUUGAGCUCCUGACGCGCAGGAGGGGGGGCCUGACUACCAGCAUGAAUGGCGCGGAUAGAAGGAUCACUGAAGCCAGUACCAGCUUGAAUCGCGCCACUCCCAGCAGCAAUGAUGCUACGACCGACGUGACCCCUACCACCAAUUUCACCGCGAACAAAAUGGCGCCCCUCACCGAAGAGCGCGACGAGGAGCUAAACGACCUGUACGAUGAGAGGGAAAAGGUUAUUUACUCCACGGAGAGCUGGCUAGAGAUUGGCAUUUUCUUCUUCGGAGACGUCUAG